AUGGCUGCUUGCAAGGUCCUGAGCAAAGGACUCGGGUUCCUUCAGACAUCUUUUUGGUUACCCAAGCAGGUUUACAGAAGUUCUCUAGGAGUUGUGGAGCAAGUCAGAGGCUAUUACGUUGACUGGAGGAUGCUCAGAGAUGUCAAAAGGAGGCAGAUGGCCUUUGAGUAUGCAGACACACGCCUGCGUAUCAAUGCCCUAAGAAAGAACACUGUUCUUCCUAAGGAAUUACAGGAGGUAGCAGAUAAAGAAAUCGCCGCCUUACCUCGGGACAGUUGUCCGGUCCGCAUCCGGAACAGGUGCGUGAUGACGUCACGACCCCGCGGGGUGAAGCGCAGGUGGCGUCUCAGUCGAAUCGUCUUCAGGCAUCUGGCUGAUCAUAACCAGAUGUCAGGGAUACAGAGAGCCAUGUGGUGAAGGCUGUACGCAGUACUGUGGAUAUUAUGUUCUCCACUGACAGUGGAUGUGGUGUUUGCUUCAUGGUAUUAAUGAAGAGCAGACUGUGAUAAAUGUGUUGUAAAGAUGAUCUAGUCAGUGCUACAGUCUCUCUGUCCCUGCGUGCAGAGUCUCAGCCCUGGAUGGUUGUGAUACUUUUCUGAAUUUAGACCUUAUUGUCUGGUCACAUCAGAAAGGCAAAACUUAAAAUGUUGUUGUCAUGUGAGAUUUCCUGAAAUGUUCCUAUGAAACUAAUAAAGCUAUACAUACUUUGG